CCAUGCCAUAUUGUCAUUCAAUCACUCCUGUCCGAUCUCCAAAAAACCAAUAAAGGUUUAUACUUUUUAACAUUUUUUCUUUUCAAUAUUAUCUUACCAUUUGAAACCCUAGCCUGCUGCAUUCAAGUCUGAUUUGUUCGUGCGGUUGUUCUGCUGCUACCGGAGGUUGGCGGCGUCGGUGGGAUAAGAUGUGUAGAUGCCAUGGAUUCCCAAGAAUCUCUUACAAACAAAAUGUUUUGGAUGCGAAAUGGGUGGGGGUGGGGAGCUGUUCCCUGAACCUGAGUUCAAAUUUGAUUGUACAUCAUCCUUGCUAAGAACAGGUCUGUUUCCACUGGGCUUCGUUUAUGUGAGUUAGUGUUCAUGUUCUCCAUAUUCUGAAAUCCUGACACAUGGCUGCAAGAGGACAUAUACCUUUUGAGGGGCGUCCUAUCCAAGCCCCAGGGAUGAUGCGCCAUGGUCCAUUUCCUGGACUGGGCCCUCCUGCUGGUCAGCGUGUUCUUGAGCCACUUCCUCCUGAGCUUCUAGAGAACAAGUUAGCUGUCCAGGCUGCAGAAAUGGAGCGACUUGCAAGGGAAAAUCAUAGACUAGCAGACACUCAUGUCACCCUGAGACAGGAGCUUGUUGCUACACAACAGGAAAUGCAGAGGCUGCAGGCACACAUAGGAAGUCUUAAAACAGAAAGUGAUAUUCAGAUUAGAGUUUUGUUAGAGAAGAUAGCUAAAAUGGAGGCAGAGGUUCGAGUUGGUGAGAGUAUUAAGAAAGAUCUGCAACAGGCACAUAUGGAGGCACAGAGCCUAAUAACAGCCAGACAAGAGCUUAGCGCCCAAAUUCAGCAAACAACUCAAGAAUUGCAGAAAACCCAUGCUGAGGUUAAAAAAUUACCUGAAAUGCAUGAAAAGCUUGACAGCUUGAGACAAGAACAUCAGAGGCUGCGCGCUGCGUUUGAGUAUGAAAAGGGUUUGAACAUGGAGCAAGUGGAGCAAAUGCAAGCAAUGGACAGGAACCUGGUAUCCAUGGCAAGAGAAGUGGAGAAACUACGUGCUGAGGUGUUAAGUGCAGAGAAUAGAGCACGCGCACCAAACCCUUAUGGGGGAUAUUAUGGAACCGCAGAUCCUUCAUACCCACCACCUUCUGUUCAAGGUGGCGGUAUCUACAUAGAUGGUUAUGGAAGGCCACAAGUUCAGAUGGAUGGAGUAGUAGCAGGAGAGGGGAUCAAUCUAUACAGGAACGCCAAUGCUGCUGCUGCAUCUGGUGGUGGUGCAACUGGCACUGCCUCUGCAACACCACCUCCUGCUGUUGCUGGUAGUGGUAGUGUUGCUACUGGUGCUAAUGAAGUGCCUGUUGCAGCGGCAGGUACUGUUGCUAGCGGUGUUGGAAGUGGUGGUUGGGGAGGAUCAUAUGAUCCUACAAGAGGUGCCCUUACUUCAGUUGCCCGAAGAUAAAUGUGGGGUAACCUUCGUCGUGGUGUACCAUCAUUCUAUCAUAUAAUCAUAUAUGAGCCCACCAAAAAUAUAGAUACCAUUUGGCUCGAGUCAGAUUGUCAGAAAAGUUUACCGGAAAUGUUUGAGACUUUAACUGCAAGAAUGGGAACACACCGCAAGCAUGGGAUAUCAGAAAUUUCAUCAAUACAAGCUACCAAGCUGCAACACGCUAGAAGCCUAUGUUACAAAUGUAUUCCUGGAGGCUAGAUUUUUCUUAAUAUUUUCCAGUUGAAGUGAAUAGUUUAAAUGAGAUUAGAGAUUUAGAGCUUUGUAUUCUAUCGGUGAGGUUGAUAAGAGAAACUGAAAUCUGCCGUUUGAUCCUAAAGCAACUCUUGGAACAAGUGUUUAUUAUUAAUUACUUGCAUCAAAACUGAAUGUAUUUGCUCUGUCAAUUACAUGUAGUUGGAAAAAACAAGUGGAUCCUUCGGAACAUUGGAAACGAGGCACAUCUGUCUAUUAAAUGGAAGGGGUAGAGUUGGUUGAAAGGUGACUAA